UUGAUUAUUUUGCAGCGCGGUACGGCCGUAAAGUUAUGGAGCUCGCGUUUAGUUUCAUGCCGUUUACGCUCGUGAUUACUUGCCGUUAGUUGUUCCGUGAAAAUAGGAUCGUAUUUUACUGUUCCUCGUCGUUUUUAUUAAUGUGGAGUGCAAGGAAGAAAGAUUUGGCGGUUCCAUGAAGCAGACGACGCAGGCAUGCGGAAUGUCAGACUGAAAACUGUCGUCUGCUUUCAAGUUUCGCUGCUUGCACUGUCGACAGUGAUGGUGUUCUGUGACAGCAGCGCCGCCGAUGAGGCAGAAAACACGACCGUGCCUGACGUGCGGUGGAACCUUUCGUUGUCGUCUGACAACCUCACAUCUUCUGCUAACGACUCGGGAGGAGUUCCGGUUUCGGAAUCGCUUCGAGAAUACCCGCUUCCAUCACAUAGCGUCACUACACUCGAUGCCUACGCAGUAGUCUCCAGUGCAGUUUCUGUUAGGGCGAAGGCUAGUCAGCAAGCUCCAUCAUCUCGAAGCGUAAAAGUUCUGCCGGACCCGCCCGAUCGUCCAAUGGGCCGCUCGGUGCUCGUCUUGAGGAUCAUUGGAUGCUCAGUUGUGCUCAUCCUCUCGGGACUCACCCUCAUAGUCUUCCUCACGUCAAGUCCAAUGUACCCGGACAUCGUGGCCCAGGUGUGCUCAGAGAUCUGCAUCAUGGCUGCUUAUACCUGCAUACUACUCACAACGACAGAUACAUCUAUACUUUCCCAGCAGAAGCAGUGCCUAACUGUGUCGGUGUGCCUGCAAUAUUUCUUCCUGUGCCUGUUCCUGUUUCAACUACUGGAAGCUCUGUACAUGGUCCGCCUGUUGGGGUCCUGCGUGCCAGAAGGACUCCCGUUUUCCUGGAUUACCGUACUCGUUGCAGGAUGGGGAAUUCCUGCGGUGAUUGCCGGAGUAUUUGCUUCGUCCUUCUCAGACAGGUACACGAAGAAUGGUCUCGUAUGCUGGAUGGACAUGGACGAAGUAGUCUCUUACGCCACCAUUGCCCCUAUCGCGACAUUCGCCUCCGUGCACGUCAUUUGCUUGCUCGUCGUAUUCUUUUCCGAUGGACCACAGCACUACCUCACAUCCUUAGAAUUCAGGAGAGCCAGGACCCAGCUGGCCUCCAAAUGGGCCUCCAUGGUCCUUCUGGUGUCGACCACGGUGUCUUGGGCAACGGGGGUGGUCGCGGAACAGCAAAAGUCACGCGGGCUCUACGUCACCUUUUCCUUGUCUAGCGUCAUGUUGGGCGUGUUCCUUAUCACCUUCAGGAUAUCCACUGAAGACCAGGUUCGAAAGAAUUUGAUGACUAAAGUUGGCUUGAACGGCUCCGUGGGAGACUCGUCUGCGGUUCAGCAGUGGCCACAGAGAAGAAGCAUCGACAGCGAUUUUUCGCUCUCUGGAAGUGUGUCAACAGUUACCAGUUCUUACGGCUCUCAGCAAAGCCUCAAGGUCUUUAAGAAGUAAUGGCUGCAUCGAAUAUGCAACUAGGAAGGAUAGCAGCUGGUACUGCGGAAGGACUGAUGCCUGACACUUCUAUACUGCUCACACAACGAUGUCUGUUAUAAUUUACGUCUGGCAGCGUGUCCCGAAAUCUUUGUCUAGUGUUCAGAGACACUGAAUAGCUACAGAGCGCGACCACACGUAGGAGCACGUGACUUGCUGCCGCCAUUGUUGCACCAAGUGACCCAUGCCGAAUCAUGAAGACUAGUGUACAUUCAGUGCCAUUUAUGCAACCACCAUACUGCAAAGCUGUUCCUUCUGUGCCAGAGUGAUGGCACCUGACUCAAUUAAUGAUGACAAUCAAUUUUAUACGCACAGACACUUUCGUAAUCUGACAUUGCCGAAGUUGAGUGCCAAGGAGUAAUGAAGCCGAACGAUAAGAGAUGUAUAGCUGGUUGAGCGAAAAAUGUUUGAAAGAUAGCGAUGAAAGUGCCUUAAACUAAGACCCACGGAAGAGUGAACUAUCUGGCAAGGUUGGAAAUGUCGCCUUUUGUUAAAGUUUUUGUGUCCACGAAGCGACGUACGGUGAAUCUUCGGUAAUACGAUUUCUCGGAUAAUGCGUUAUUCCGGAUAAUACGAUUUCCCGGGAAAUUGCGUAUCCGGAGUUCCACUGUAUUUCAUUUGUUAUCUACACUGACGACGGUGCAAGACUGAGUCAAAGGGAAUGGGGUCGUGUAAAGAUCGUCACGUAGAUAGGUUCGUGAGUUUUAAUACGUUGUGCAUUUACUUACCAGUACAGAUACUUUUUCAUUCAUCUUCCGUGUACCUGAGACACAUAUUUACUUCACACGAGGUUCAGAGGACCUGUUACUAAGAGAAAGAUAAUAAAAACAUAUAUGAAA